GUCGCAACCGUGAAAGUGAAAGCACGAGCUGGGAACAUUUGCAGAUCCUGAGAGGAUACGCAUGCGGAUACGGUCAGCUGCAAUGUUUGGAGCAGUUUUUAACUUGACCUCCAUUGUUUUGCUCCAAACUACUCCGUCAAGUCCAUGUAAAUCCGACAAAUACGGCAUAUGUUAGAAGGCGAGAGCUUCCAGCCAGGUAUCUACUUUCUCCCCUGUAAACCGAGUUCUCCACGUUUUCUAGCUUCGCUCCAAAAUGUCGCGCAUUGCAUGUUUGGACUUCUCGGGUGCUGGACUUUCCGGUUGCGAGCAAUUCGCACUCUGCACAAGUAUUACUGCCGAGAGUAACUCUCGAUGCAUAGCUUCGAACUUGUGCCAAGAUCAUCCUGAUCCGGAGUCCACCGCCAUGGCGACGCUGGCCUUCGCGGUGCGCCGGUGCGACCCGGAGCUCGUCGGCCCGGCCGCGCCGACGCCUCGUGAUACCAAGCGCCUGUCUGAGAUCGACGACCAGGACACGCUGCGCGGGCACGUGUCCUUCGCCCUCAUCUACCGUGCCCAAGUGAUGGACGACGACGACGUCGAUGCACCGGUUCACCCGGCCGGAGUCAUCCGGCGCGCGCUCGGCGAGGCCCUGGUGCACUACUAUCCGCUUGCUGGGCGGCUCAGGGAGGUGGAGGGGCGGAAGCUGGUGGUCGACUGCACCGGCGAGGGGGUGAUGUUCGUGGAGGCCGACGCCGACGUGCGGCUGGAGGAGCUCGAGGCUGUCGGGCUCAGGCCGCCGUUCCCGUGCAUGGACCAGCUACUCUUCGACGUCGAGGGCUCCGGCGGCGUGCUCAACUGCCCGUUGCUGCUCAUCCAGGUGACUCGGCUGCUCUGCGGCGGCUUCAUCUUGGCGCUCCGCCUCAACCACACCAUGUGCGACGCCAUCGGCAUCGUCCAGUUCAUGAACGCCGUCGCCGAGCUCGCCCGCGGCGUCCCGGCGCCGACCGUCGCGCCCGCGUGGUCCCGUGAGCUCCUAGAGGCGCGCAGCCCGCCUAUGCCGUCCUUCCCGCACCGCGAGUUCGACCUUCUUCCGCCGCCGCCGCCGCCGGCCGGCGACAUGGUCAUGCGGUCCUUCACCUUCGGCCACGCCCACCUCGCCGCGAUCAAGAAACACCUCCCUCCUCUCGUUCGCGACAAGGCCACCACCUUCGAGGCGCUGGCGGCGUACCUCUGGCGCGCCCGCACGGCGGCGCUCGAGGUCCCGCCGGGCGAGGACGCGCGGCUGGUCAUCAUCGCCAACUUCCGGGCCUUCGUCGAGCUGGGCCUGCCGGACGGAUACUACGGAAACGCGUGCGUGCCCCUGGCGGCGCUGGCCGACGCCGCUGCGCUGCGCGGCGGCGGCUCGCUGGCCGACGCGGUGGCGCUGGUGCGGCGGGCCAAGGCUGCGGUGACCGCCGAGUACGUGCGUUCCACGGUCGACGUGCUGGUUCUGCGCGGCCGGCCGUUCUUGGCCCUGCAGAACCUGUUCCUCGUGUCAGACAACCGGCACGCCGGGUUCUACGGAGUCGAUUUCGGGUGGGGCGAGCCGGUGUACGGCGGCCCGGCCGACACUGUCUUCGGCGUGACCUUCUUCGUCCCCGUCAAGGACCGUGACGGGGAGGACGCGAUUGCCGUGCCGAUCGUGCUGCCACGGCCGGCCAUGGAGCGGUUCGCGGCGGAGAUGGAGAGCCUGUGCAAGGCGUAGCUUAUGCCGGGGUCGUCCCUGUAUGUAUUACGACCGAGAAUCAGUACGUGCUACGUCAGUUGCCUGAAAUAUCAGUCACUUCCAUCUGGACCAUUCGAUCAACAUCCAAGGACCAUGAUGCCAUCCGUACUGUUAUUCUCCUUCCUUCCUUCCUCCUCCUGCGAUGCACGACAUGUUCCUCCCCGCGCCGCCAAUCAACGUCGGUCAUGUUGCUGUCCCUCUAAUCCCCCCUCUUUGUAUUCUUCGGCAUGGAAUACCAAAGAAUUUCUAAUCCGUAGGUAUAUUAUUGCUAGCUUUUGUAUAUUUGUUGUCAUAUUGCUAUUGCGUUGCACAAGUGAUAACCAAGAAGAAAAUUCUUGCCUC